UUGUUACUAUUUCGUAAUAAAACCUUUUAUUUUUUUCCAGGGGUGGUCUUCGAUAAAAACUCGGACGAAAUCCAAAAUGCUUUCAAGUUGGCUGUAUUUCAGUACACCAAUCCAAAUAAAACACGUUUGGAUUUUGAACUAUUAGUGAAUAUCAUAAGUACAGCAGACGCCUUCAAAAUAUCCAGACUUAUAUGUAACCAGAUCUCGCACAAUGUGUUCGCCAUGUUGGGUGCGGUAACAGCUGACUCCUUUGAACCGCUGCAUUCGUUUACUAACACAUUCCAGUUGCCUUUCGUCACUCCGUGGUUUCCUGAAAAGGUUAUUCCGCCUUCAUCAGGCCUGAUAGAUUAUGCCGUGAGCCUACGCCCGGAUUACCAUCGAGCUGUGAUUGAUACUAUCACGUACUACGGAUGGAAAAAUGUCAUCUACGUCUACGAUUCUCAUGACGGACUGCUCCGCCUACAACAGUUAUACCAAAGCCUGCAACCCGGGAAUGCGACAUUCCGCAUUUCAAAUGUAAAACGCGUCGCCAAUGCCACAGAUGUGGUUAAAUUUCUUGGCGCGCUAGAGAGGCUCGACCGUUGGAGCAACAAAUACGUUGUGCUCGACUCCUCUACACAACUAGCAAAAGAUGCACUAAUUUUGCACGUACGUGACGUUCAACUUGGCCGAAGGAACUACCAUUACUUCUUAAGUGGCCUGGUCAUGGAUGAUCGCUGGGAGAAAGAAGUCACUGAAUUUGGAGCUAUUAACAUAACUGGAUUUCGUAUGCUAGAUUUUUCGAGAAAAAUAGUUCGGGACUUUAUUGAAGUAUGGCGGAAGGAUUCUAUUUCGGCUAAAGCGGCUUUGAUGUAUGAUGCUGUACAAGUAAUUGUUGAUGCAACUCUGCGUUUAGUGCGCAAGAAACCAGACAUUUUGCGGAACAGUAUACGACGCAAAGCAUACCUACUAACUAAUAAUAAAACGUUUGAUUGCAAUCCUUCACAAAAAUAUUUAGCUUAUGAGAUUGGCGACAGGAUUAUCAGGAUGAUAAAAAAGACGGAGCUAGAGGGAUUGACUGGUGUUCUCAAGUUUAACGAAGCUGGACAUCGUCGAAAUUUUACGCUUCAGCUAAUGGAGAUGACUGUUAGUGGUGAUAUGGUAAAGAUUGGGACUUGGUACAACUACAAAGGGUUAGUACCUGUCGUCGCAAAGCCAGCAAUCAAUAUUCCCGGGCACUACGAUCGAAACAAGACAUACAUUGUUUCGACUAUUGAAGAAGCGCCUUAUAUAAUGCGUUCCGACCCAGAGCUUAUGGCCAAUUACCGCUACCGGGGCUUUUGCGUCGACCUCGCCGAAUUGAUGCUGGAAAAGAUGGAAAUGAAAUAUGAAUUGCGAUUGGUUAGAGAUGGCAAAUACGGCAACGAAAAUCCUAAAGUUAUUGGCGGCUGGGACGGAAUGAUCGGAGAACUUUUAAGGAAGGAAGCAGACCUGGUGAUUGCUCCCUUGACUGUCACUUUAGAACGGGAGACUGUCGUUGACUUCAGCAAGCCAUUUUUGUCGUUUGAUGUUAAACCUGAAAAAAAAGGAGCUUCAGAUGUGAAUACUAUUUUCAGUUUUUUUCAUCCAUUAUCUAAGGAGAUAUGGAUUUGCUUAUUAUUCAGUAUUUUUGCUGUUAGCACAGUACUGUUCUUAGUAUCGAGGUUCUCACCUCAAGAAUGGCGCGUGCUGUCUUUUACUGAUACUCAAACCUCCGAACACAACGAAGUAGCAACUACCAAGACAACAAUCGUGAAUGAAUUUAGCUUUUGGAAUUCUGUAUGGUUUUCAAUCGGUUCCUUAAUGCAACAAGGCAGUGACAUUGCUCCGAGAUCUGUAUCUGGACGGAUCGUUGGGUCUGUUUGGUGGUUUUUCACUUUUAUUGUGAUAUCAUCGUAUACGGCCAAUCUUGCUUCAUAUUUAGCUUUGAAACGUAUAUCUGAACCAAUCCAAUAUUACAGUAAAGUGACUACAUGCCCCGAGGAUGCUAUAGCCGGCCAACUUUUUGAAGUUACUCAUGAAAAAGCCGCAAAUGAACAAGGUUGGCUCGCUUUUCUAUUAGACCCAUCAGCCAGCAACACCGGAGUGAAAAUUAAUGAAAAAAAAUGUGAGAUGCUAGUCACAAUUACUAAAUCUGGAGUAAAAGACUUUGCAGUGGCAUUUCCAAAAGGGUCGAAAUUAAGGGACGGAGUGAACUUAGCUUUGCAGUCUCUCAAAAAUGAAGGCGAAUUACAAAAAAUUCUUAUAAAAUGGUUUAACAAGUCAGAAAGCAAUAUAAACGAACCGGGCAUCCAUGGCGCUGAACUUACUUUGAGCCAAGUAGCGGGACUGUUUUACGUGUUGAUGGCAGGUUUGGCUCUAGCACUAGCUGUAGCUUUAUUUGAGUUCUUUCAACAUGGCCGUGCUGAAGCUGCUCGGGCUAAUAUUUCACUAAAAGCUGCAUUUAAGGCCAAAGCAACUUUUUCAACACGCUCAGAAAUUAACUCUGUCCAGCGCAUUCCUCAACGUGAUCAAGAGCGUGUUGGCUGGAAUAGUGCUCCUUAUGUUGGCUACUACACUCCGGCAAACCAGAUCGGAGAAGAGGAGACGGCACUGCAAGCCAGUUUUACGCAAGUGUGA